UGCGGUUGUUUGAUGCGACUCAUCUUUUGCAGCGAAAUGCUAUGAACAGUUAAGGGAAGCCAGUUUGGAAAAUACAUUUGGUUACUGGUAGUAGAUACCAUAUAAGCUACAACACGUAACAGGACACAUUUGAAAUCCCCUCGGUUUUCCACCGGAUGCUAAAGUGGUUGUUCUUUCGGAUACCGGAACCAAUAAUGCGGUGAUACGGACUAUUCAAACCAAAUGCACUGAAAUGCCUCGGCGAAAAACUAACAACUACAUUUAUUAUUGAGUUUGAAAUACGUGUGAAAGCCAUGGAAGCCCGCUGGAAGUAAUCAAACUGUAUUAAGUUCUGUUGCAAUCGUUUCAACGUCAAUUGCUGCAACACUAACUCUAAGCAGUUGUAUACCGAAAAACAUUGGUUAAAAUGAGGGAUUUUCUUGCAGUGUCGUUAUUUCUGCUCAUCUGCACUUUCAGGACAUUCAUUUGUCAAGAUGCCCAACCUGUGAGUCUUUGCUCAGAUGACCCAAAGUACGGAUCAAACUUCUAUCCUUACUUUGGCUCGAGGACAUUAUACAAACAUGUACGAGGAGAACUACCAAAGACACGAGCACACAUGAGAGGUUGCAGACCAUUGUACGUCUACAUAGUAGCAAGACAUGGUUCAAGGUACCCACACAAAGGUAUUCAUGCCAAGAAUCAACGUCUUUUUCAAUUGGCAAGGCAGAUUAAUACACUUGGCACGGCAACUCUCUGCAGUAAAGAUAUUCAAGCUCUUCGUAAUUGGAGAGUUUGGACGAAUUCAUCGAUAAACCGAAACCAAACCGAUUACGGGGAUGAGGAGAUUAGAGGAAUCGCAAGGAGGUUUAAAAGGAUGCUGCCGGAGCUUUUCCCAGAAAAUGCCAAGCCAAAUAAAUACAGCUUUUUGAGUUCUGAUUUUCCUCGAACUAUUGACUCCAUGCAAGUUUUUGCGGAAGAAAUUCUGGGUCAAAGAACAAAUGAAGCUAACCUAGAGGUAGAAGGAAAAAAUGUAACUUCUUCAAUAAUUCGAUCCUACAAAAAUUGCCUGAAAUAUCAGACCCAAGUUUUCGACAAUGAUGAACGAUUUUUACAAUUCAACAGAUUUUUUUUAAGAAAUCGAGGUUUUGGUGGCAGAGCAAGAAAUCUGAUUGCGACUCGCCUUGGUGUUCCAGUCAGCAUUGUCACCAAGAAGUUGGUUUUUAUAUUUUAUGAAAUUUGUUAUCUCCAACAACGGGUGGAGACAGUUAAUGGUCCCUGGUGCUCACUGUUCAGCCGCUUAGAUUUAAAAAGGUUUGAAUAUGCAAGCGAUUUGAAAGAGACCGGUCUGCGAACUAGCCUAAAUGAAGUCACAUACAAACAGAGCUGUCCUCUCGCAAAAGACAUCAUUGGAAACUUAAAUGAUGCAGUAGAGGCUGACAGAACCGGGGGAGAUCAUCCAAUGGGAGCCUUCCGUUUUGGUCACGUGACGACAAUACUCUCUGUCGGCGAAAAUCUUGGAUUAUUUCAAACAGGUAACCCUCUAAGGAACGGUGAUUACUUCGUCGGACAGAAAACACGAUUCCGAUCAGCACGUACUAUACCGAGCGCAGGGAACCUUGCAUUUGUUCUUUACAAGUGCGAAAACGCAAGGGCAAAUAAUGAUAGAUAUUCUGUGGAGGUUUACCAUAACGAGAAACUGGUGGUGCCACCUUCAUGUUCAAGGUUUGUAGAAUGGGAUGGCAACUACUUUUGCCCAAUGCAGGAUUUCUUAAGGAGAUAUGAGGAAUUUAUUCCCGGUUCAAGACAAGAAUGUAACUUUGAGAAAAUAUGUCGCGUUCGCAAUUAAGACCUUAUACCUUAUACCCGUGCCAUGCAUACCAUAUACAUUCAAAUUUGAUGUAUUUACUGCAUGUAGGCUAACUUCAUUAUAUAUAUGCAUAAUAUGCCACUCUGUAGGCUUAACAGCAUUGCAUAGACCCAGAAAAUAGAUUUUUCCACAUGGGUUGUUAGCUCUAAUUUACAGCUGCUGCUAAUGUUAAAUACAGAAAGCUUGUAUGUUUAAAAA